AAUUAAUACUAUUCAUACUGGAGGCACUGAAGCAUCUAAAGCUGACUUUGAUGUUGCAAAAGGUCUUGAAACAUAUUUAUUGUUGGCGAGAGGUGCUUGUGUUAUGCUUAGAAUGAACUUGUUCUUCGUAGAAUUUAAUACUUAUAGUAGUCCUGCAAUUACAUCUACAGAAGAUAAAAGAAUUGUCCCUAUUCUACCUAUCUGA